AAAUUCAGAACGAGUCUCUAUUUUAGAAAUUUUUUGUUAAUGGCUCUGAGAUCAGCAAAGCUUACACUUUUCAGCCCUUUACACGGUAGCACUAGUCACCAAUAUUAUUCGUAAUUAUCCAUUUCAUCUGUUAUUAUUCUUUUUCAAACUUGAGACUUUUUUUUUUUUUUUUUUGGUUGGAAAAAAUAAAAUUGUUAUCUCAAAAAAAAAAAUAAUAAAAGAUUUUGUUGUUUGCGUGGAUCAAUUUGAUUGAUCUGCAAAAAGGAGCAAUUUUUAUAAUCAGGGUUUGGGGAUAAAGGAAGAAGAUUUGUGUGGCAACGAAGUAGUAGUAGUAGAUCGAUGGCUCCGACGACGGUGAAGCUAGACAAAGAUGAGGAGCUCCGGCGACUCAAGGAGGUUAAUAUUGACGAAGCUUCAGCGCGUCGUCAUGUUCGUGAUUCCUUAAAAGACAUCCAGCUUAAUCUCGAUCAUAUCCUCUUCAAGACACCUGAAAAUGGAAUUAAGACUAAGGAGUCUUAUGAGGUGAAUUCGAGAGGAAUUGAGAUUUUCUCCAAAAGCUGGCUUCCUGAAGCUAUUAGCCCUAAAGCUUUGGUUUGUUUCUGCCAUGGUUAUGGAGAUACUUGCACCUUUUUUUUCGAAGGGAUUGCAAGGAGAUUGGCAUUAUCUGGUUAUGGAGUUUUCGCUAUGGACUAUCCAGGAUUUGGCUUAUCGGAAGGCUUGCAUGGUUAUAUCCCUAGCUUUGAUCUUCUUGUUCAAGAUGUCAUGGAGCAUUACUCCAAGAUAAAAGAGAAUCCCGAAUUUAGUUCUCUACCUAGCUUUCUCUUUGGACAGUCAAUGGGUGGAGCAGUGUCGCUCAAAAUACAUCUAAAACAACCAAAUGCGUGGACUGGCGCAGUCUUGGUAGCACCAAUGUGCAAAAUUGCAGAUGAUUUGGUUCCACCACCGGUAUUAAAACAGAUUUUGAUCGGUCUAGCCAAUGUUCUACCGAGACAUAAGUUGGUUCCACAAAAGGAUUUAGCAGAAGCAGCUUUUAGAGAUAUCAGGAAGAGGGAGAUGACACCAUACAAUGUGAUUUGUUACAGCGGCAAACCGCGACUACGCACUGCAGUAGAAAUGUUUCACACAACUCAAGAGAUCGAAAAACAAUUGCAAAAGGUGUCUCUGCCAAUAUUGAUUCUACACGGAGAAGCUGACACAGUGACAGAUCCUUCAGUGAGCAGAGAGCUAUACGAGAAGGCGAAAAGUUCAGACAAGAAGAUAGUUUUGUAUGAAAAUGCUUAUCAUUCCCUGCUCGAAGGCGAACCUGAUGACAUGAUUCUCCGUGUCUUGUCCGAUAUCAUCUUGUGGCUGGACGAGCAUAGCUUGCAAGCUGAGGGAUGAUCAUAAGUUACUUACUUCUAUGUAGCUUAUGAAAACGAACAUUUGUUUCGUUUUUACUGUUAGGUAGGAUUUGUUUGUUUCCAACGAAUCUAGUAAUAAAAUGAUCAAUUAUUUGCAAUCAAAUUUACAAGAUUGUUCCUUUCAAGGGGUGCUCAAAAUAGUUUGAACUUUGCAAA